GUGCUAUAUCCCAUUUAGUCGCGUAAAACUAAUUAUCAAUUGAAGGGUUUCUUUAGUACCAACACUCCAGUGUGAGGCGCACAGUAAAAGAAGAGACUUGUUCUGCGAAGAUUUCAAGUGGUUUUUUCGACCAAGUUUAUGUAACAUGGAGUGACAGUAUUUCGACUAGAUUCGUAUUAAUAGAUCGGAAUUUUCCUCUGUUUUAUAAUAGUGCACACACGGUGAGCUCUUACCACAUCGCGUUGCAUUGGAUGCACUUAUAAGAAGAAGGUAAAAUCACGCUCACAAAGCAUUUGGUCGUAGUUUCGAUUUCGUUCGUCUGAUGGCAUAGCUUCGACAAGAAGACCUCAAAGAGCAGUGGAAACGAAAGUGAAACGAAUUUCAUUGGCAACAAGUGCAGACCUAAACGAUGGCAUCCAGACUACGCAGAUUUGGAGUCACAGCGGCUGGUGUGGCAAUAGGUGCCGCCCUGUCCACAUACGCCCUCAAAAGCAGUGACAUCUCACCGCAUCAUGUACAAAUGGAGGAAAUGCAGAGGAUUCGUCGCAAGCGAACGCUACCGUCUCGGGCGGAGCAGGUCAAGUCGCUGCAGAGUGGCGAAGAGUUCGACGUGCUCAUCAUCGGAGGUGGUGCAACCGGCGCCGGAUGUGCACUGGAUGCCGUGACACGUGGUCUCAAGACUGCACUGGUUGAGGCGGACGACUUUGCCAGCGGUACGUCUUCCAAGUCGACCAAGUUGAUUCACGGUGGCGUUCGGUAUCUGCAGAAGGCCAUUUUGGGGCUCGAUAUUGAGCAGUACCGGAUGGUCAAGGAAGCCUUGCACGAGCGGGCUUCCAUGCUGAGGUCGGCUCCACAUUUGACCCGCCCGCUGCCAAUUAUGUUGCCAGUUUACACUUGGUGGCAAAUCCCGUACUUCUGGGUUGGUAUCAAAGCGUACGAUUUCGUUGCUGGAGAUCGUAACGUGAAGAGUUCGUAUUACCUGUCGCGAGAGGACGCUUUAGAGCUGUUCCCUAUGUUGCGGGGUGACAAACUCCGAGGGGCGAUCGUGUAUUACGACGGGCAGCAAGAUGACGCCAGAAUGUGUCUGGCAAUUUCGUUGACAGCUGCGCGUCACGGAGCUUCGAUCACCAACCACGUGGAAGUGUUGGAACUGCUGAAGAAGAAGAACGAAACAGGUAAGGAAGUGUGCUGCGGAGCGAAGGUUCGGGACAACAUUUCCAAGAAAGAGUGGACGAUCAAGGCCAAGUGCGUGAUCAAUGCUACGGGUCCGUUCACCGAUUCGAUCCGUAAGAUGGACAACCCAACGGUGAAGUCGAUCUGCUGCCCUAGCUCGGGUGUGCACAUUGUGCUGCCAGGGUUCUACAGCCCACCUCAGAUGGGCCUGCUAGAUCCAGACACUUCCGAUGGUCGUGUGAUCUUCUUCCUACCGUGGUUGAACGGUACGAUUGCUGGUACUACGGAUGCUCCGUGUGAUGUAACUCAUAAUCCAUCGCCUAGUGAAGACGAAAUUCAGUUCAUCCUCAGUGAGAUCAAGAGCUACCUGAAUAAGGACGUUGAUGUACGUCGCGGUGACGUACUGUCUGCUUGGAGCGGUAUUAGACCGCUGGUGAGCGACCCUAACAAAGGCGACACACAGUCGUUGGCCCGUAAUCAUAUUGUUCACGUCAGCGAUUCGAACCUGGUCACUAUUGCUGGUGGCAAAUGGACCACGUACCGUGCUAUGGCAGAGCACACCAUGGACGCAGCUAUCAAGGCUUGUAAUUUGGAGCCUGAGCGUGGAUGUGUUACCGAUGGAUUGUGGAUUGAGGGCGCCCAGGGCUGGACUCCUACCAUGUACAUCCGUUUGGUGCAGGAUUUGGGACUGGAAGUUGAAGUGGCGAAGCAUUUGGCAAUUUCUUACGGUGAUCGUGCGUUUGCCGUAGCAAAAAUGGCUGCUCUUACUGGCAAGAGAUGGCCGAUUAUCGGAAAGAAGCUGCAUCCGGAGUUCCCGUACAUCGAUGCGGAAGUUCGCUACGGCAUCCGUGAAUACGCCUGUACCUGUGUAGAUAUGGUGGCACGCCGCUUGCGUUUGUCGUUCUUGAACGUGCAGGCUGCCAGUGAAGCUCUUCCCCAUAUCGCAGACAUCAUGGCCGAGGAAUUGAAGUGGUCCAAGGAGGAGAGGGAAAAACAAAUCAAGGCUUGUGAACACUUCCUACAUACUCAGAUGGGACAGCAGGUCAACCGUCAACUGAAGGAGAAGAUUCCAGUCAACUUGUCCAAGGAAGAAGUCGAUUUGUACAAGAAACGCUUUGACACGAUCGACAAGGACAAGAAGGGAUACGUAUCGAUUCCGGAUAUCAAGCGGGCGAUGCGGGCUUAUGGUGAUGCUGAAGUCAGUGGUGAAGAACUCCACGACAUUCUCCGUGAGAUCGAUACCAACAUGAACGGUCAGGUUGAAUUGGAGGAAUACCUUCAGAUGAUGUCUGCGAUCAAGUCUGGAUACAUCUCGCACUCGCGUUUCGCUGCCGUUGCCGAACAGGAGGAGAUCCGCAAGGAGCAGGAGCGACUUCGGAAACAGAUAACCGUUGAUCGUUCCGGUGGUGGUCAACGAAAGUAAACUAAAGCAUGCGACUCUGAUAUGCCGCAUGGUUAUGACUAAAGAUCCGUUCGAUCGAACCCCACCUCAACCCAUAAAUACUUAUUGUGCGCUAACUUAUUCGUCAUCUAAAACACACGUACAUUGAACUGUUCAAAUCGACAGGGUCAGGAAGGAGCAUGACUUCCUCGAAACUCUGUUAUCGCACACACUUCUCGCCGUCGUCGCCGUUGAUGUACAUAUUUGUUGUGUUCUAGCAUCUCCCGGUAAAGAUCGUUGUUGUGCCAUGGUGGAUGGCCAAUUGUUUUCGAACCGUUCGUCGUUAGGAUAGGACUUAUGCGGUCGUGAUGAUCCCGCCAAUUUAUUCGUUAGGCUAUACGAUAUCACACAAACACACUAUUUAUUGAAAUAACUUUCGUAACGAUUAGAUUUUGCAACGAAGCGUUUAAUUUUAACGAUUUUAAACUAAGUUACGCAGCAACGAUGCAACCAUACAGCAAGAGCAGUAUUUGAUCUGUCCAAAAUAUCCAAUCGAUAGUUUAUGGAUAACGGUAGUCCGUAAAUUACGUUACGCUUAGGCUAAAAAGGCAUCUGAUCAAAGUUCACGAAAUAAAAAAAAAUCACGAAAAUCUACGAAAGAAAAGUGGUGUGAAAUGCCAAAAAAUGCCACGUAGUUUAUGGGUAUCCCCUCGGGCGCAAACAGAAACAAUACGAUUUGUUUGGAGAGCUUUCUCUGUUGAAUGGUUGCAAUAAUUUUAAUUUAUUUUUGUUCUGGAGAUAAUGGUGACGUAUGUUGAUUAUUGUGGUAUAAAACCAUCAUACAGUUUUGAAUAAGCGACUAGUGACAAAUUAUUUAUAAUACAGGAGAGACAAAUUAUUGUAAGGUCCAGACAAAAUUGACGAUGAAUCAUCAUACAAAAUAUAUCUUGUUCACAAACUAUA